CAGAUUCACUCAGAGAAAUCAUGGCAGAAACCGCACCAGCAUCCGCGACUAAAGCGGCCAAGAAGAAAUCAGCCGCCAAAAGCAAGAAAGCGGGUCCAGGCGUCCGCGAGCUGAUCGUCAAGGCUGUGUCCGCAUCUAAAGAGAGGAGCGGGGUGUCCCUCGCCGCCCUGAAGAAAGCGCUCGCCGCCGGUGGAUACGAUGUGGAGAAGAACAACUCUCGCGUCAAGACCGCCAUCAAGAGCCUGGUGACUAAUGAAACCCUGGUCCAGACUAAAGGAACAGGCGCCUCGGGUUCAUUCAAGCUCAACAAGAAAAAGACCGAGACCAAGACUAAACCCGCCAAGAAAGCGGCUCCUAAAGCCAAGAAGCCCGCAGCCAAGAAACCCGCAGCCGCGAAGAAGCCCAAAACUGCAGCAGCAAAGAAGCCCGCCGCUAAGAAAUCUCCGAAGAAGGUGAAGAAACCCGCCGCUAAGAAGGCAACGAAGAGUCCCAAGAAGGCAAAGAAACCAGCGACUCCUAAGAAAGCAGCCAAGAGCCCGAAAAAGGCAAAGGCAGCCAAACCCAAAACGGCGAAACCUAAAGCAGCCAAGCCUAAAGCCGCCAAGCCUAAAAAGACUGCAGCUAAAAAGAAAUAA